AUGCCUUCCACGCGCCCCCUCGUUGAGCCGCACGAUUUUGGCGCAUACUUCAAAACCUCGGCUCAAAAUAGCUCGCGCUCGCAUUCCCCAGCGCAAGUACAUCAAUCGCCUGUAUUUGGCCAGCCGGCUAUUGGAAGGCCCCCUAUGGGGCUGCAACAGCGAUCAACGCCUAGGUACAAUACCGAGGGUGUAUCUAAUGACGGGCAAUCUGUUCGCAAACCCUCUAUCGACCAAGAAUCAGUCACAGGAUCAGUUUUGACGCUAGAUCUGGGCCACCAUUCCAUAGGCCAGGCACCAUUAUGGCACGAAAAGCACUCCUCAACCUCAACGGGCCGUCAAAAUUUUGACGAGCGAUCUCUCAGCGCGCUCUCUCUUGAUCAACAAUCUACUGGAACCCAAUCGCUAGGCCACCAUUCUAUAGGGGGGUCACCGGGUGGCUAUAACUCACCUUCAACUGCCUCCGCCCGCGAUGUCCACUCGUCUGCUUCAAGCAGAUCAAACAAAUCCAUACGAAGUAAUCUCGCCAGCGAGCUCCCGGUGCUUCAGCAAAUGAAUCCCAACGAGGGAUCCAGGCAAUUCAACCCUAUCAUUGAAGAGAAUGACGAAUCAUCAUUUGACCUGGUCGCUCCAUACAAGGGCGAUGCAGCCCCAGUGCAUACUCUCGAGCAACAAGCGGACCUCAUGUUUUCCUCGGAUCAUAUGCUAAUGAUUCUGCGCAAUCCGCGCUAUCUGGCGCGCUUCCGCGAGUUCCUCGCCCAGGAGCGUCCAGGGUCGGUAUCGACCCUGACUUAUUACCUGAAUGCCUGCAAGUCUCUGAAAGCAAUUGAAUAUGCUAAUUCGCUAGUGCGCUUAGCUGUUGACGUACCUAUACCUGGUAUUGAAACCGCAGAGCAUCCCGUCGGCCCGACUGUCAAUCAAGCGCUUGAACAGCGCGUACGGGCAGCGCUAGAUGCUCUGACAGCCGAGGAGUUACCCGCUUUCAUUACUUCUACCUGUAUCAAUAUUACUGGCAAAGUAGUCGAGGAGCGCGUGCGCGGAACUUUGCCCGAGAAGUUCCAGGGCACGGCAGAUGCUCUCGCUGAGGUGUUCUGUCUGACUGAUCCGUCGCGACCGGAUAACCCUAUCAUUUUUGCUUCUGGACGUAUAAUUCCACCGCACCACACAAUAUGGCAUGGACUACGUCCUGGGACGAAAUUGUCGAUUCUUGCAAGGACCGAAGACAAAUCCCAACAGUGUCCGGCGAAUCCGGGCAGCGCUCAGAGCUGGACAACCACACUCAGAGCUUUUCCUGAACUAGCAAGUACCUUGAAUUCAAUUGACUCUGCAAAACUAAUCCAACUAAACAGCCGCCGCGACGGCUCACCAUUCAUGAAUCUCCUCCAAAUGGCUCCGCUAUGCGACAGCCGCGGGAACAUCCGUUAUUUCAUCGGCGCUCAGGUCGACGUCUCCGGACUCGCAAUGGAAGGCGCCCAAAUGGAAUCCCUCCUAGAAAUGCAAGCGCAGAGAGAAACCCUCGAGACGGACGGCCAAACAACGAAAGAAUCGAAGAGCGAGUUCCAACAACUCAGUGAACUCCUCAGUCCACGCGAGCUACAGAACGUACGUGAGCACGGCGGGAACCUCUUCCAGCCGGUCCUCAACGACGAUCCGAACCACCGUCUAUUCCUGCAAGACUCCGACACCGAGAGCGAGAUCCAAAUCCCAUCUCAAGGCCCACAGAACCCCACACCAGGCCCGGCUCCCAGUAUAUCCUUGACUGGUGUCUACAAAAACUACCUCCUCGUCCGCCCAUACCCCUCCCUCCGAAUCCUCUUCACAUCCCCCUCCCUCCAAAUCCCUGGCAUGCUCCAAUCCUCUUUCCUAAACCGCAUCGGCGAUACAGGUGCGAAACGCGAUAACAUCAUUCAUGCCAUGAUGGCUGGGCGAAGUGUCACGGCCCGUAUUAGGUGGAUGACCAAAUUCAGCGGGCAGGGCCGUAAUCGCUGGAUUCACUGUACGCCCUUAUUGGCGAAUAACGGCCAGAUUGGGGUGUGGAUGGUGGUUGUUAUUGAUGAUGAGGAGGAAUAUUCGGUUAGGUGGUAG